AUGCUACUUGUCAUGGUCGGGACGGGAGUCUACGGCGAAGACGCUCGGCAUUGCUAUGUUCUAUCUGCUUCGGCUUCCGGAUGUCACGAGCUCGCUGACACCACGAAGCAGUCUGGUGAAGGCAAGCCGCUAGCUUGGAGCACUCUACUCGCGGUCCGGUACCUGGCCGCCGUUAUCCACGAAGCAAACCGCCUCUCCUUCGGCGUCACUUGGCGCACCAUGCGCCACUCUCCCACAGAGACCUUGACAUACACAGCAUCGUACGGCCCGAACACACGCGCGACCUACGUCCUCCCGUCCGGCACGCGCAUGAGUACAGUCACGCUCCGUACGCCACGAACGAGCCAGUCUCCCCAGACCCGUGGUGCUUCGGUCCCGACUGCUGGCGUGGGAGCGGCGAAGAAGUGA